UAGCCAAUGCACGCCAAGCGGCGCCAAGGCCGAAGCCCGAUGUGCCAUGCGCAGAAACUCUGUGCGCGGGUGCAUGAACCGGCGAAGGCGCGAGUGCGCUGAAGUCUUCGAAACCUACCAUGACCAGUAAUCGGCACAGCCGAGCGCUCUUCGUGAAAGCAGAUGGCGGGCCCAUGUACUUUUCUAUGGUGCCCUGCUCGGAGCGAAAGGAGAUACGUGAGCUUAUAGAAAAUGGAGGCGGCGUUCUUUUACAGCCGGAUAAGAAUCCUGACGCCGUCCGUUUGGUGCCCACUUGCAUUACAACGACGGAAGGCCCCGAUGACGCUUUCUCUGCCACUUACAUACGUGCUUGCGUUUCCAGCAACAAGCUCUUUCCUCUGAAAGAAUUCAAAAUUCCGAGAGCAUCAACUGCGGAGACAGACGACGACGGUGACUGCAAGGAGCGUAAACUUCGCUCCGUUCGCUCAAGACGCGAGUACACGCUUGGCGAAGAAAUUGCGAUGGCGAAGUACAUAGCGAAGAAGCCCGGGGUCUGUGUCCGUGGCAACGAGGUAUACAAGGAAAUGGCUGCGGCCUAUGCGGUGCCUGGCGGUCACUCGUGGCAAUCCUUGAAGCAGCAUUACCUGAAGAAAAUACUCCCGUGGAAACACCUGUACGAGUCACCUGACGCGAGUAAAGUCCUCGUCAAGAGACACGCCCACAAAGCACAACAAGCGCGUGAAGCCUUGUCGAGCGCCACUUCGGCGUGUGGGUCAGUUAUCGUUGAAGACAGCAGCAGCGAUGACGAACAGUUGCCGAAGCCGCGGGGGGCUAUUGACGGUAGAGUCGAAAACAACUGGGAUACCGAUACUGAAGUUGUUGCGGAAACAGAAAGCCAAGGUGCAUCGUCUUAUUUGCAGGACUGCGACACACCCGCUGCGAGAAAACAUACCAGUAGAAGGCGCAAAAUGAAACGCAAGAAGCGUUUACUGUCGGGCAGUUGCAAGGAAAGCUCGAGUGAAAGCUCCGCUAGGCACAAAAGUAAUAUCCCGGCCCGUGGGAAGAAGAGUCACGACGAUGGCAUUGCAGACUCUACCCAAAAGGCUGCCUCGGGAGUCAUUGAAGGGCAGAUAUCCCAUGCCAGCAAGCUUAGGUCCUUCCGGUUGCCCAUAAGAAAGCAAGGAAGUACCAGAUCCCACGCAAACCUUAACACACGUUUGGACACACAGUCGACAUUUGAAUCGACUCACAAUGAGACUGCAACAAAGGACAGAUUUCCUCACAUAGAAGCUUUUAGCGGACAAAGGCCUUUGCGAUCGCCCCGAAGUAAACGGCUGAACACAGCUCGGCAGAUUGAUGUUGACGGCCAAUUGGAUGAGCUGCUAAACUCGGAGUCUACUGAGGGCAUCGUGACAACAAAGGCCUUCCGUUCUUCACCCGAGUCUGUCUACAACACAGCAGAAAGCGACGGUACAUCCCAUGGCACUGACCGCAUAGGGAAAGAUGACAAAAAUGUACCGUUGGCACAAAAACAGCAAAUAGAGCCAGAUUCAACAGCGAUGAAAACACACAGGAAAGCAUUGCGAGUGCCCGCAUUACGUAGGAGUGAUAAAACUUUACCAUCUUCCAGUGAGAAUGCACGCUUCAGUAGCACUCAUCGAGCUGCAGGUUGUGAAAAGGAACCGAAGUCGUUGCCACGCAUUGGCAGUGGGACAUCGGGUUUUGACAGUGCUGAUGAUACCCUGCUUAGGAAGGUUGCAGAGCAAGCAUUUGCGCUUCGCCGUUCAUCUGAGGUCAGCUCUGAAGAGCAAGAUGACGCAACCACAGUUACGAUGUCGAGCAGCAGCGGGCACUCCGACGAGGACUCCACUUUGGAUGACGAAGUGGAGAAUGUGCAACGGGAGCUCUCCAGGCUCCUCGCCGCUCUCGAGGAAGGGAAGAGCCGACCGCCACACGACACAUGCCCGCCGCAGUGUACGUGCCCUCUCACAAGCUGGUACGCCCAGUCCGCGCGGGCAGCCGUAUCGCUCAGCGCCUUUCUGGCCUUCCACGAUGCACCACUUCCGGACCAGCCAGGAGGGGUCACUGACCCUGUUGUGGCCAUGGCACUGGAAUGGAUGUUGCGCCACCUUGAACAGGGUGCCAACGAAGGUGACAGAAGUGCUUUGCAGUGAACGUUCUUCCAAACACCUUACUGUAUCGCCGCUCCGGUGAAAAGACACGAUGCAAUGUUCUGAAAUUUGCACUGGUGACUUUGAUGAUAGUGCAUUGUGAAAUGUACCACGUGAAGUAUAAUAUGAAAAAAGAAGUGACUUGGCCUCCUAAUCUGUGGCCUUCUUUCUUGUAUUGAAGUUGUCAUAAUUUUAGUUAUUACUUUAACCUUUUAUUACUGCAUGAACAUCUUGCAAAACAAUUUGCUGAGCCCUUCUUCUUGGCCAAAAAUGUUAGACUAAAGCUCUGUCUUCCAAAAGAGAAAAAGAACGAGGUGGUAUUUUAUGAGCUGUGCAAGCCAUGUAUCAUAUACCAGGUGCUUUUUUCUUAUAUGGCACAAUAAAAAUAAAAUUG